AUGGGAACAGAACAGACGAGGCCGCGGGCGCCAUUUUCAGGCAUACCAGCCACGGAUGCGCCGCCGUUCACGCACCUCAGCACGCCGGUGUACAGCCUGUCAAGCUGCGGCGCCGGCGGCGCCGGCCGCACCAUGAACAUUGUGACCUAUGCGUCGCCCAUCGCCAUCAAGCCGGCGCGCAAGUACGUCGUAGGGCUGUACGUGGAGACGCUGUCGUGGCGGAACAUCCUGCAGCAGAGCCACAGCCCGCUCUUGCAGCUGCUGGGCAAGAGCAGCGGCCGGGACGUGGACAAGGAGGCGGAGGCGCGGCGGCUGGGCUUCAAGGUCGUGGACGCUUUUGGGCUGCCUGUGCUUGAAGACUGUGCUGGUGCAAUGGAGCUCCGGUUGGCGGGCGAUUUCAUUCCCUGCGGCGACCACGAGGUUGCUAUAUUUGAUGUGGUGGGCUGGAAGGACAUGGAGGGGCCAACAGCGCCGCUGUACACGGAGUAUUUGAAAAAGAACGGGUUCCUGUGA